AUGAAGCACCCAGAACUCCAAUUGGGGCGCACCAAAGAAGUGGCGGCGACGUACUUCGGUUGCGUUAUGCUAUCACAUAAGUGGGAGGAGAGGGAACCGUUGUUUGGCGACAUCAAUGGCAAUGAUGUGUACAACUUGGAUCCAGUUGGCGGCAUCAUGGGGUUGCAAUCUUUCUGCAAAAUUGCUCGUGCUGCAGGGUAUCGCUGGGCGUGGAGCGAUACGUGCUGCAUCGACAAGACCAACCAAUUUGAGGAACAGCGAUCGAUCAACUCCAUGUUUGUCUGGUAUCGUCACUCAGCGCUUACAAUUGUCUACCUAUCAGAUGUUCCGUCAAAGUCUAUAGCACAGAGCGCUUGGAUCGGGCGAGGAUGGACUAUCAGGGAAUCCCUAGGUCCCAGAGUUCUUCACUUUUAUCGGAAGGAUUGGACCCUAUAUCCCGCAGAUCACUCUUUCAACCGCAAGUAG